UUUGGGGACUUAAAAGCACAGCUCAAAAUCUACUGUUACAUGUAUCAUUUUGUGUCCACAUACUAAAGUAACACUUUUGCAUUUUUCUCCUUCCACAGUCUUCAUCUGUAGCUUCAUGGUGGCAGCUCCCAUCUUUGGUUACCUGGGAGACCGCUUCAACAGAAAGGUCAUCCUGAGCUGUGGCAUUUUCUUCUGGUCCAUUGUUACCCUGUCCAGCUCGUUCAUCACUAAAGAGUACUACUGGCUAUUUGUGCUCUCCAGAGGACUGGUGGGUAUCGGAGAGUCCAGCUACUCCUCCAUCUCUCCCACCAUCAUCGGAGACCUGUUUACUAAUAACAGCCGGACCAUGAUGCUCUCUGUCUUCUACCUGGCCAUCCCCCUGGGAAGUGGUUUGGGUUACAUCCUGGGCUCAGGUGCGAAGGAUGCUGCAGGAGACUGGCACUGGGCUUUAAGGGUGUCCCCGCUCCUGGGUAUCACUGCCGGGGCUCUGAUCCUGUUAUUCGUACCGGAGCCAAAGAGAGGCUGUGCAGACCAACUGAGAGGACGCAUCAAGACCCGCACCUCCUGGGUCUGUGACAUGAAAGCACUUGUCAAGAAUCGGAGCUAUGUCUUCUCCUCCCUGGCGUCGGCAGCAGUCUCUUUUGCCACAGGCGCGUUUGGUAUGUGGAUCCCUAUAUACCUGUCCAGAGCUCAGGUGGUGCAGAAAACAGCGGAGGAUUGUACUAAAGGAGUCUGCCGGAGCACAGACAGCCUCAUCUUCGGGGCGAUCACCUGUGUUACGGGGCUGCUGGGCGUGGUCAUUGGGGCGGCCACCACACGCCUGUGCCGCCAGAGGACGGAGCGAGCUGACCCCCUCGUGUGUGCUGUCAGCAUGCUUGGCUCAGCCAUCUUCAUCUGCCUCAUCUUUGUGGUGGCCAAGAAGAGCAUCGUUGGAGCUUAUGUUUGCAUCUUCAUUGGAGAGACGCUGCUUUUCCUGAACUGGGCCAUAACAGCAGACAUUUUAAUGUUUGUCGUCAUUCCCACACGGAGAGCGACGGCGGUCGCCUUUCAGAGCUUCACCUCUCAUCUCCUGGGUGAUGCGGGAAGUCCGUACCUGAUAGGCCUGAUCUCCGACAGCCUUCAGAAGAGCUACACUACAUCAGCGCUGUGGCGGUUCCUCAGUUUGGGCUAUGCCCUCAUGUUGUGUCCAUUUAUCAUCGUCCUCGGGGGCAUGUUUUUCCUGGCCACAGCGCUAUUUUUCCUGGAUGACAAAGAAAAGGCAAAUGAACAGUUGAAUCAGCUGACUCGAGCGCAUCCCUCUGUCAAGGUGACUAGCCAAUGAGGAGCCGUCUGGAGGUGCCACCAUACUCAGCAAAGAUGACAAACAUGGUGAUAACAAGCACGAGCGACUUUUUUUCAAACCCCGCUCAUGCCCUACUUCCAUUCACCACGCCAUGAUCAUCCGCUUCCUCUUGGCUCCUGCUGCUCUACCCUUUUUUCACUUUGGUGGAGGUUCCUUAAGACUGGAACGAGGGAGCGUCUUGCCCCUCCUUUACCUGCCUCUGUAUCACAGAUUAGUUCAAAGCUGCUCAGCUGUGCGCUGAGCCGCGCCCUCUGACAGCUCGUGCUUUCCUAAGCUUCGUCUGCGAGGAUCCACUGAACCUUCCAGGGAGGCGGUGGGGUGGAAGAGUUCCCUGUGACCCCCUCCGACUCCUGAUGCCAUACUACUGAAUGCUGACCAUGAACCUGCCCUGUCUGUCUGCCUGCCUGCCUGUCCAAACGUUUGCCUUUUGUGUGUUCGUCCAUCUCUUUCAUCGGCUGUCAACCUGCACCAAGUGCCAUAGCCUCAUUACAUUCCUUCAGACUUUGCACUGAUCACCAACAACCCUCAUGAUUCAUUGCUGCCUAUGUUUACAUGCCCAGGACAGUUCAGCCUUUCAUUGAGCUGUGCAUAUGCAUCUUUAAUUAUUUCUAAAUAUCAUCCAUAAAAGAUUUUUGGUGUCUCUGCUUCAGGUUUUCCACAAUUCACACAGCCCUGAGUUUUGGUACUUGAAGCCGAUAAACAGACUCCAGUUACAUGGAACAAACAUUUAAAAACAGCAGUAAACUGUUGUAGGAGGACAAAUUCUUCAUAGUUUUCAUAUCUGGUCAAGAAACCUUCCAAAUAUCAGAUAAACCUGUCCAUGUUGAUUUUAACAUUUGCAUUGAAAUCCUGUUUAGUCAAGAUGAAUGCAAGGAUGUUUGUGUUUCAUUUAGCUGUGCGUGUAAACAUGGCAGGCAACCAAGAGCCAAAUAUGUGUAACUGUUUAAAGGCCAGUGAAUCAGCCUUAAAAACAGGAGCUUUCACGUCGACAUAUGUUUUCUUUGACUCUAGGUAUGUUUUAAUUUUAGCUUUCAGCACUUAAAUCAGUUUAGACAGUGCCAGACAACACGGCAGAGAGAUUUCUGCACAUUAUUUUUCACAAGGAUUCCUGUGAGUUUGAACUUUCUUCUUUCUUUUUGUGUGUGUGUGUCAUAUUGAUUUGAAACUGGAGGUGGCUGCCUAUGAUUGUUUCAGAAGGAUGAUGAUGAUGCAAUUCGAGUGAAUUUUGAGCAAACACUGGAUUUUAUGUUUUUUUAAUUUAUUAUGUAUGUGCUUUUCCCAAAAAGAAAAUGGUAUGCCACUCUUUCUUCACUUGGAAAUCAGGUGGCACCUGUGUUUUGUGCACAUGAGAAGCAAUACAGAGGAUAAAGACAGAAAUUGAGGAAACCGACCAUUUCCUAUCCACACUGCCUUAUCAGUGAGCUGGGUUUCCCUUUAAAGGGUAGCUCCCUGAUGGUUGGUUUUGGAUUUCUGGACACAACAACACCCACACAGAGACGGAGCCGCUUUUAAUGAUGGAUUCCAAUCCAGUACUCAUUGGUUACAAUAACAGGCAUUGUGACGAGAGACCUUUCCCCCGUGCAAUUUUAGAUAUCUAAUUCCAUUCUUCGUAGAAAGGAGCUUUGAAAAGAGCUGGAGCCAGAGUCAUCACUUUAUUACUGAUUAUCAUCAAAAUCUGAGGCAGGAACAGGAAAUCCUGCAGCUUUCGGUUGAGACUGAUGGUUAGCUCUUAUCUAUUAUAAGUGAGGAAAGGACCUCAAAUAUGUCUGCCGGAGCGAGGAAAAAAAGAAAAAGAAAAAACACAUCCCCACCUGCACUGCAGAGUGACAGAAAUGUGAUAAAUGUCAGAGUAUAAAUCAGCUGUGGGCUCAAAUGCUUUGGAACUACCUGUCAUAAAACACUUUUGAUGCAGCCACUUGCCUCAAAGGUUUUAAAACUUGUGCAUAAAGGGAAAGAAAGCACUUUGCAGAAAUAUGAGGAGGAGGAUGGAGGAUGGACUGACCUUAGCUGAAGAGUGAAAGAAGACGCUGUGGUUGUUCUCGUGGCAGUGGUGUGUGUGCGUGACUCACUGGCUGUGUGUGGGGUGCCGUGUGGGCCGUGUCCUUGAUGCAAGAUCAUUAGCUUUAGCUUCUCUCCCACUGCGUGGAGCUCUCUGAAUGUGAAUGUGUCCAACCUGACGUGUUUACACACCAUUUUCUUCUUAAUGAACUAAGCUUCUUACCUUUCAUUUAUUGAUUUUCUGUCUUUUUUAAUGCUUCCAAAUGAGUUUUUAAUUACUACAGUAGAUAUAUAUAUAUAUAUGUAUACUUACAUACAUAUAUAUGAAUACGGCUAUAUCACGCAUUAACUUUAAUAUAUUGUAAAUGAUGGCUUGGAUGCAACGUAUUUAUUUGUUUGUAAUGAAGAAUGAUCUAUAAAGGGAAGUUUAAGGUUUUGAAUAUAUUACACUUUAUUGUGUCAUUGAGUUUUAGAUGCCUAGUUGUUUCACAUCUUUUUGUAUCACAAUGAAACAACACAAUACCUUUUUACAUCACUAAGAUUCACCCUGUUUACUGUGAUCAUGAAUUGGACAUCUCACUCAGUGCAUGUGACGUUUUUAACACAACUUACUGGUCUCAUCCUAUGAAUGCAUUACUUUUUGCGUUCAUUUUUGUAGCUCUUGUAUGCUUUUAUUUUAUUUUGGGUUUUUUUGUCUUUAGAACAUGUUAUCAAACCAUUUUGCACAUUUAAAGUUCAGGGAUUUAUUUGAACCACAGCCUAGUAUCAACUUCACACCCUCUGCUGCAGAGGCUUGUCACUUCAUGCUCACAGUAAGUGCUGACAGACAGUUGUCAGCGCGGAGGUUGGCUCUGGUCAGAUGGGUCAUGAAUUGAGUUUCACUUUGCCAAAAUUGAACUAAUUUACCACCAGUCCUUUAGCCUGUUGUAUCAAUUUACUCUGUUAAAAAUCACUGAAGUGAUGUAUUGAGAAUGUGCUAUUUCUUGUCAUACAAGAAUCCUGUAUAAAGACACCUAUUUCUGAUUUUGAGCAGAAAACAGAGGUAAUUUUUAUUUUUAGAGCAAGUCAGUUCAGAGAAGUGUCAAAUAAAUCAAAGGAUGUUAUUGUAGAACUCAGCUGUGAUGCUCCUGCUGGAGGAGUUGAUAGAAAAUGUACAUGUCUGUAAAUCAAAUAAAACUAUUUAAUCUCUUC